AGAGAUUAAGCUCCCCAUCUCUCUCUCUCUCUCUCUCUCUCUCUCUCUCGGCGCUAGGCCCGCCGAGUUGAUUUCGGUACCCUGAUCCAAUCUGUCCUCGCUAACAAUCUCGACUGGCCCUAUAGCAUACAGAUCAUCCAUGUCGCUAGGGAGCACUGGUGGAUCCAGCGUCAUCGUUCCGCGGAACUUCAGAUUGCUUGAAGAGCUUGAGCGAGGAGAGAAGGGUAUAGGAGAUGGGACUGUUAGCUAUGGGAUGGAUGAUGCGGAUGACAUCUACAUGCGCUCCUGGACAGGGACUAUAAUUGGCCCUCACAAUUCUGUUCAUGAAGGGAGAAUUUAUCAACUUAAGCUGUUUUGCGACAAAGACUACCCUGACAAGCCACCUUCUGUGCGUUUUCACUCUCGAAUAAACUUGACUUGUGUUAACCAUGACACAGGAGUGGUUGAGCCAAAGAAGUUAAAUAUGCUGUCAAAUUGGCAGCGUGAGUACACGAUGGAGCACAUAUUGACACAACUGAAGAAGGAAAUGGCUGCCCCACAUAACAGGAAACUUGGUCAGCCUCCUGAAGGUACCUUCUUCUGAGUUGAUCUAUCAUGAUGAUGAUUUCGAUUAUCCAAAUUUAAAAUCGACAAACAUUGAACCUGUUAAAAUGCAUGAGUAGAAAUUCAAGUACUCUAUUUUGGUUUAAUUUAAAUCAGUGGUAUCUUGUUAGUGUGAAGCAGUGGGGUAAAAGGGCAUUUGGUAAUCUUGGAGUGCUUUGUUGUCUUAUAUGGAUUAAUAUGAUGUUUUAAGGUUCUCGUUGUCUGAGAAAUGAAUAUAAAUGUUUUGCCGAGUUA